AUGGCGGCGUGAAAUUCAUCCUUAGUCUUCGGUCCCUCUCGAGCGCAUGCUUAUAUCCGGGGUUGGUGGCUCGUUUUGCUUAGGUGAUUGACGACAAACUAGUACAGAGGGUCCGGAUAUCAAGGGGAGCGAAGAUGGAAGAGGGCAUUCAUGGCGAGUACGAAUUGGCCCCGAACGAGAUUGUGUCUCAGCAGAUGCAGAGCUACACGUUCAAGGUGCUGCACACGGAGACACCGAGGUUGGAGAGGAUUCAAUAUUUUCACAAGCUCGCGUAUUUGUUUGAGCGAGAAGGGAAGAAGUAUUCCGACAUCUUGAACACGAAUCCGGAUGCGGACCGCGAAGAGUACGCGAUUAGUCAUUUGCAGGCGCUCUACACGGAGAAUGAGGAGCUUCACGUGGAGCUCAACAACGUGCUUAUACACAGCAAGGACAGGGACCUCAUUACGGCGGUGAUUCGCCUGGUGUUGUACACUGGGCCGAACUGUCUCGAGUUCGUGGCGAUGACGGAGGAGGAGGAGGCGGAUUUUUGCGAGCGCUUGCAGCUCUACAUUCGGAGUCCGGACACGAGUCCGGUGCUGUUGGUUUUUUGCAUUGGGGUGCUUGCGUUUUUGCUGGAGGAGAACGAGUUGACGAGCAAGGUGGCGCGCUCGGACACGCCGAGAAUAGUGCUGAAGCGCUUGCAGAAGCUGGUGCUGGAGCGAGACUGCAAGCCCUACACGAGGGAGCAGGUGAGCGCUAGGCCGGGGAGCAACGCGAUCGAGUUGUCGCUAGAGUACGCGUUGGUGGUGGAGAGCGUGUCGGAGGAGGUGGACCAGGAGGACCCGAGGCUCGAGUUGCUGCACGUGACGGAGGCGGACUUGAAGUGGGACGAGGUGCACUAUUCGUUGUUGUUGCUGCACCACGUGGGUCAGUAUGUGGACGUCGUGGCGCCGGUGCUGCAGGACAACGGGUUCGAGAUUUUGCAGUUCGUGCUGAGCACGGAGGACGACCAGUUGCUGCCGGACGGCUUGUACUUGCUGGCGCAGCUGUUCACGUAUCAGAAGUUCGCGAGCGUGUUCGUGGACAGGAACGGGAUACAGAUGUUGUUGUCGAUACAGAGGAAGGCGAUUUAUGGCGCGCCGCUGUCGUCGGCGCUGAACAUGCUUACGAAUUUUCCGAACGUGAUAGAGCAGAUAUGCUUGUUGCCGGAGCAGUUGCUGGUGGAUUUGUUGGACUUGGCGGCGUGGUUGAUACAGUUGAAGGACGAGGGCGCCAAGUGGUGUUUGCAGUUUUUCGGCAGGGUUUUGUGUUACAGAACGUUCGGGGACAUUUUUACCAGACAGGGCUAUUUGACGACGUUUUUGAGCGAGUUGAAGAGGUUCAUAGAGGAGCUCGAGGAGAACAAGGACUACUCGCACUACACGAGGACGCUGAUGUAUUACUUGAUUAUGGCGCUGGUGGACUACUUCGCGUCUAGGAUAGUGAACUUGGCGGCGCCGUACGUGAAGAACCAGCCGACGCCGAGGUACAGGCGGACGGACCUGGCGUACGACGUGAUUGACUUGUCGAUUCGCCAGUUGUUAUCUUUGCAGGCGCAGCAGCCGGUGGGGCUGCCCGAGGUGACGGACUUCAUAUCGCAGGGUGGUUGUCAGUUGAUUUUGACAGCUGUGUACGAGAACACAAGGGUGUCGACGAGCCAGACGGCGUCGGAGAUAGUGCAGUACGGGAUUGAGUUGCUGUGGAUAAUCACGUCGCUGGAGGCUGGGCAGGAGGAUUUCUUGGAGUUGUACGUGAUGGCGCCGGUGGUGCGCAGGGAUUUCGACGCGGGCAGGUUGGACUUGUUGGAGGGCGUGGAGAGGUCGUUGUGGCCCCGCUUGUCGUUUGCGCACGUCGAGAGGGUGAUUAUGGACGAGAUUGUGAACGAGCGCCAGCUGUCGCCGCACAUUCGGGCCGCGCUGGACAGGGGAGAGCCGAUUCACGUGCAGAGGGGGGAGGUGGAGAUGGACGGCGGGGGAGAGCGGGGAGAGAUGGCGGAGGACGCGUCGGGGUACGAGCAGAUGGACGUUCAGCAGGGGGAUCCCUCGGUUCAGAGCUCCGCGACGAACGAGGACCCGAACCCGACCAAGUACAAAGUGUACUCGCUGCCGAUGUUGAUCGGUUUGAUUGACCGGUACAGCAACAACCCGGUGACGUCGAGUCAGCCGAUUUUGCACGCGCUGCAGGUGCUGGCGAAUUUCGUGUCGAGUCAUUCGGCGGACGCCAAGGCGAAGCGCCGGGCUGCCGCUGGCCACGACGAGUCAUUGCCGUUCGAAAAUUCGCUGAAGGUCAUCAGGUCGAACAACGGUCUGUCCGUCCUGGUGUCCCUCCUGAAGUACAGAGAGAUCGUGCAGACGCGCAGCCUGAGCCCGCAGACCGCCCCGGUCUCCGACUGGAACUGGGUCCGCACCGGCGCCUGCAGGGUGUUGCUGGGCCUGUCACGCGACCAAACCAUAAAGCAGGUCCUGUCAAAAAAACUGUCAUACUGGCUCCCGGAGCUGCUGCGCGAGCCCUGUCCCUCCGGCUCCCAGCGCUCGGCUCACACGGCGUUUAGGAACGUCGCUAUGGAGCUCAUGACGUCCCUGCUCGGCAAAAACGUGCUGGCGAGCGGCUUGACCGAGUCGCAGGCGCCCGACCGCGCGCUGACCAAGCUCGAGCGCGCGACCAUCGCGGCGAGCACGCCCAUCCACUACUCCUCCACGGAGCUCCUGGAGCUCAUCGUCAAGCACCUGGACAGCAAGGGCUAUCAUAAGACCGCCCAGUCCCUCGUCGAGGAGGCACGCCUCUGUCCGCACAAAACCACUCAGCCCUCCCCCCAUCCCAGGAGAGCCAAGAGACACUACCUCGGGAUGAACAGUUCCAGGACCAAUCUCCUCAAUAAAGACGUGCUGCCCAUCCUCAAACCCCAGCCAGACGUUGCGCCCAUGGACUCCGGAUUUUUGUCGGAAAAAGAAGACUUCACGCUGGACACGAUCAUUAAGCAAUUUUUGUUCGAGCAACACCGUCGGUGUCGCCGCCCUUCUCAGAUUUUGCCAAACUUCUCUUUGCGCUCGCGGCACACGUGCUACGUGCCCAUGAGGGACCGACUGCACGCCAGUCGCUCGGGCGCCGACCUCACCAACUUGAGCAUGCGCCUGCUCACGCGACAGGCCAUUCCCCAGCGCCCGGGCGGUGCCAUGUGGCGCAAAUACAAAUAUGGCCGUUAUUGUCCACAAAGACCUGUCAACAUCGAGGACGUCAUGCUCACCUCCGUCGAGUACUCCGGCGACGACACCGUGCUCCUCGGCAGCGAGUCCGGACAGGUGCUCCACUGCAACGUCAACACCGGCAACGUCAUCGACGAGUGGGAGUGCAGCUCGCGCCUCAUAUGGAUUCGGUACAACAGCGCCACCAACAAAAUGCUCACGAUUCCCGCCUACCCGACCGAGGACGUGCACCUCUGGGACCUCAAGAGAAUGCACCAGCCACUCUCCAUACUGCCCCUCAAGCGCGCCAACUUCAACACCGCCGGCACCGAAGUCGUCGGCACCAUGAGCUCGGGCAAAAUUAUGAUAUGGGACGUCGAGUCGCAACGAGAAAUCGUCCGACUCGACAAUCCUUCUUCCACGCUCGAAAACCGGCGCAACAACUUCUGCAUGGGCUGCUUCUCCCCCGACGACGCACUCGUGCUCAACUACGCCUCCCUCUGGGACAAGCGCACCCCAUCCCCCAUCCACCGCUUCGACCGGUUCACUCAAGAGGGACCGGAGGUCUUCAACCCCAACGGACUCGAAGUCAUCAUCAACUCUGAAAUCUGGGACGUCCGCAGCUUCAAACUCAUCCGCACCUGUCCCGCUCUCGACAUGACCUUCCUCAAGUUCAACAACGCCGGCGACGUCAUCUUCGCCGGCCUCUGCACCAGCUCCUUCUCCAGCGCCUCUAACAGCCCCUACUCCAACCGCUUCCGCGCCAUCGACGCCACCUCCUACGAACUCAUCACCGAAACCUCCCUCGACAAAACCUUCACCUCCAUCGCCGUUCACCCCGACGACACCCAACUCGUCUUCGUCGAAACCCUCGGCCAAGUCCUGCCGGAAGGCACCCAGUGGCGCAUCUGGGACAUCGGCUCCGUCAAGUCCGUCGAAUUUCAAAGCGACGACGACAACGAAUUCCACAGCACCGACGCCGACUCGGAACACCUCUUCGAAACCGACGACGACCUCGACCAAGACCCCAACGACGACCGCCACGACGACGAUGACGACGACGACGACGACGACGACGACGACGACGACGACGACGAUGACAACCCCACCAGGGACCUCGACGCUCCCGACGACGAUCGCCACAUCGACCCCACCGACGACGACCUCAACCUCCACCGCGAAAUGGAAGAAGACAUGGAUAGCGACUACUCCGACAAAAACCGAGACAACUCUCAAAUCUUCGGCAUCGGACACUACCUCCACCUAAACAAUAACCAACCCUCCUCCUCCUCCACCAGAGACCACAAAAACCUUAAAAAAAGCCUCCUCAAAACCCUCCAAGGACUAAUUCGCGAAUCCACAAACCCCUCGCUCUCCCUCAACCUCUCUUCCAACCCAACCCCUAGAGACCACCCCAGUCCGGACCACCCCCCCUCCCACCUCAGACCGCAUCGAAACCCCCCCACUGACCUCCCUCUCGAAGAAGCCCCCACUGACCCCCCCCAUCCCCCCACUCGGCACGACAGGUCCACCACCUCCCGCUCCCGCGAACCCCACCCCUCGGCGCACAGCAACCACUCGCCCCCUGGCCCCUCCGACCUUCGCAGAAGAAGAAACCGACGAAGAGACCAAAUUGCAUCCAGACUCAGAAGGCUCUGAUCCCCCAUCAAAUUUUGACCUUUAUGACACGAGACGCGGGACAAACCCCACAUCACCCCGUCGGAGUGGAAACCCCCCCCCCCCCCCCGUUACAUGUAACAAAAAAUAAUAAAAUCGUGUACACAUCAUUCCCUCUA